AACUCUUCAGGCGCGUGUGGAAAAUCAAUGAACACAUGGUCACGAGGCUUCGAGACAGGAGUGAAAAAGCGCUCCAGUACAUGAAUGCUGGCCGCCUGCCUCCAGGGAAGAAAUCACUUCUUCCGGAGGGAACGCGCUGUGUCAACGCCUUUUGGGGUUUGGAGGCCCGGCACAUUGCAUUGACAGAAGGCGAGGAGUACUGGCCACAGGGCUGUUUGACCUUGUCCGAGGGCUGCUUGAAGUCAGGCUGGGAACAGCCCUCGGAAGAGGGCCGUAGUGGGCACUGGCGUGUCUUUGCGGCGCGACCCUUCGAAGCCAAUGAGCUGGUGGAGGUUUGCCCUUUGGUGGAGGUGGACUUGGAGACAUGCAUCGCAUGCUUUCAGCUCCGGAUGAAUGUGGUGGAAACUCCUGCGGAUGAGGAUGCUGCCUACACCGGCAAGACUGGAAAGGUCAAGUCCUAUGUGCCCUUGGGCUAUGGCAUGCUCUAUCAGCAGUCCAUUGAGCUGCCCGACG